GCACCUCACCAUCCCUCUCCACACAACACAGAGAACAGAGCAGCCAUCCUGAACACAUUCCUGCAGCAGCCAAAAGCCUCUCACUCCAGAAGCACAUGAGAAGCCUCUAAUGGAUAAAGGGAUUUUACAGAUUUGAACCCUUUGUUAUAAUAACUGCAACUAAAGAUCUCUUCGUACAUGCUCUUUCAGAUCUUUCCAGCGCGCAAAGUUCAGACGCAUCUGAAGGAACUUCGGAGAGAGUGGGAGUUUGGAGCACUCAUUUGAGACUUUCUGAACUGAUGCAGGAAUCGUUUUAAUUUCAUUUGCAUUCUUGUAUGAAUCUGUAGGUGAUGAUUUUCUUGGGAUCGUUUUUGCGCAAAGGGAAGUUAUCAGUCUUUGGCGCUGCUGUGCUGGGGUUUUACUUCUGACAAUGAAAAGCAAAUGAGAGCGUUAUUCCUUCACUUUUAUUGACAGCUCAACGACAGGAUGCGGGAGCGGGAACUGCAGCGUGUGGGCAGGAGAUUGCUGCUGUUGGGCAUCUGUCUGCUGUCUCUCUGGGGUCAGCUGAGUCUGGCCUCAACACAUCGCAGCCAUAUUGUGCACGUCAAAGCGGGAACUUGUGAGGUCAUUGCAGCCCAUCGCUGCUGUAACAAGAACAAAAUCGAAGAGCGCUCCCAAACUGUCAAGUGUUCUUGCUUCCCUGGGCAAGUUGCUGGGACAACAAGAGCGGCUCCUUCCUGUGUGGACGCUUCUAUAGUAGCACAGAAGUGGUGGUGUCAGAUGCAGCCGUGUAUGGAGGGCGAAGAGUGUAAGGUGUUGCCCGAUCUAAAAGGUUGGAGCUGCAGCACGGGAAACAAAGUCAAGACGACCAAGGUCACACGAUAAUCUGGGACCAGUAUACAUUUGGGACUAGGAGUUUUUUUUUCUUCUGUUUUUUGAUCAAAGAAAUGGAGAUGAAGAUAAAAAGACUUCAAACUACUUCACAACUAAUGGGAUCAAGUUGUUGGACCUCAGUGGACCAUUUAAAUACAUGGAAUACAUUUUUCUCUUUUCCCCCCUCUUAUAUUUUCUCUCUGCCGAACUCCCAUCUUUGCUUUCUAACAGUGUCGGACAAGAUCAUACACCUUGUAAAGUAAAUAUUCCAUAAAAAUCUAGAUGUGGACCAGUUCAGAGACAAUUCUGCGAUUUCAGAACAAUGGAUUACAUUUCCUUUUUGGAGUGAAAGUGGACUUGAAAGGUUGGCUUAUUACUUGAAUCAUAUGUUCCAGAGGCACUAAUAUUCAAUCCCCUAUCCUUUGGUGCCAAAUAUUUCUUUCUUCUGCUAUGGGCAGACUUUUUCGAAUAGUGUGAAUUGUAUGAUUUUUGGGUAUGGUUUUGGGGCCACUCAGCUCCAUUUUGAAACAGCCUUGUGCGAGAGCAAGAGGCAAGUAUGACGCUAAGAAUUACAGGUAUUAAUAAUAGAUGGAAAAGUUGAAGUGGUCUACGAGAGCAGUGAAAAAGAAGAGAGCAAAAAGAUUUAUUGUUUGUUUUUAAAGGCCUUGGUGUCAGUAUUAACUCAAAAUAAAAGUAUCUCUAUGGGAAAUCUCGUCCAGUUGUAACUUUGAAGCAUGAUUAUUUUGCCAUCAUAAAAGAGAAAGCGCAUUUAAACUUAACAUCCACCCACCGACAGAA